AUGAAACAGACUAGUAUCCUGGUUACUGUCGAGCAAAACUGUUCCAAAUGUAAAGAUUCAUUUAUUUGGAGGUCCCAGCCCUCGCCUAUCCUUGGAAGAUAUCCCAUUGGAAAUACUUUGCUGAGCUCCUCUGUAUUGAUGGCAGGAGCAUCCGUACAUCAGUUAUUGUUGGUAUUUCGUCACCUUGGGUAAAAGGUCCACUCUGCCCGAACUUUCUUCAGGCACCACAAAUUGUUCCUCUUCCCUGUAAUCCUUCAUAACUGGGAAACAUAUCGCGGCAACCUUGUUAGCAAGAUCAAGCAACUAAAAGAUGUGGAAUAG